AUGUUUCCUACCCGCUCCCUCCUGAGUCAAGCCCGAUUGACCCUGUUCACGCGCGCGAGCUGCGGCCUGUGCGACACCGCCAAACAUACCGUUAUUAAGCUCCAAAAACGCCGGCCGUUCGAAUACGUGGAGAAGGAUAUUAUGGAUCCGGUCAAUGUCUCAUGGAAAGAGGUUUAUGAUUAUGAUGUUCCUGUCCUUCAUGUGCAAUCGGUCAACAACGGGUUACCCAAGGAGGCCGAUCUCUCCGACGCGCGAAAGUUGUUUCAUCGAUGGACAGAGCAAGAGGUCGAGCAGCUGGUGAACGAGGCGGAAAAAUGA